UCCCCCAGGAGAAUAUUAGGGGUCUAAAGCUGUUGUGCGAUGAUGACAGAAUCACACACACCAGGUUUGCUCAGACCUUUGCCACUGCACAUACGGACACUAUUCAUCCUUCUUCACAGAGCUUGAUAAAGACAACCAUCAUUUUAUUGGGAGCUCCACGGAAAACAAGCGUAACGACGCACCGUUCUUUCUGAAAUGACAGUGUGGGCAGCAGAAAGAGUGAUUCUCUUUCCUCGCCACGUUGCUGACUCCUUCCAACCACUCCCCUUUCUGCAGUGCCAUAAGGUUGGCAGUGUGUGGCAGAAAGUGCCAAAGGGAUGCUGAGCCCUGGGCAGAGGGAGAAAAACAACCCUGCCUCACCGCGCCUGCCAGCCCCAAGCGUGCGGUCUGUCAGCGAGCGCAGUGGGACGUUUUAGAGACCAAUAACAAGGCUUGGUUUUCUCCUGUGCUCUGAGCGGCAAGCCACAGAUGUCGCCGGAGAUGAAGUGACUGAGCACCUGAUUCUUCUCCGCUCGACGAGGGGCUCUGGAGAGCAGCAAAGGCAGCAGAAAGCUGGAGGGCUGAGUUGAUCGGGACUACGUCGCCCCUGGUGUCGCAAACAAGAAUUGACACCGCCGCUGACGUCAAGUGGAGGGGAGCAACUUACACUAGCACUUUAUUCUGACACCUCAGGAACCUCAGGUUUAAGUCCAAUCUAUAAAUUGUUUUCUUUACUUUCAGAAGUCUAUGGUCCAGUGAGCAGGAAGAAACAUGUGGUGCUUGGAGUUCUUAUUGCCUGUCUUGCUAGUCAUUAAAGGGGCCUGGGCACAGUGGAAUGUGUGGAUGCCAAGGGACAUUUCUACCAUGACCAACUCCUGUGUGGUCAUCCCUUGCACCUUCAUGUACCCUUCUGGGGUACGGCCAUAUGGAGGCACCCACGGCAUCUGGUAUUUUGGGUCACCCUACCCCCAGUUCUACCCACCCGUGGUGUACAAAUCUCGGACCAACAUCAUUCAUGAGAGCUACAAGGGUCGUACCAAGCUGCUGGGUGACCUGCACCAGAGGAACUGCACCCUACAGAUCAACAACAUCGGCAUGGAACACUCUGGGAGAUAUUACUUCCGGGCGGACCUGGGAGGAUCCAACGUCUUCACCUACCCUGAUUUCUCCGAGGUCAAAGUUCUGGAUCAGCCCCUCAUCAACACUCCUGAGGAGAUAAUGAGCAAUCAGGACCUGGAGGUCACUUGCUAUGUUCCAGACAACUGUCCUGAUAUGACCCCUGAAAUCUCUUGGUUCAACACUGAGCUGCUCCCCAGCCCAAAGUUCUCUACCGACUACCUGGAAGAGAGCAACACAGCCAUAAUGGUAGCCUCAGUCAGCUUCACAGCCUCCCAUGUCCACAAUGGCAAGAUGUUGGGGUGCAGGGCUCGUUACCCCAACACCACGCUCGUCUAUGAGAGAAUCGUCGCUCUGGACAUCAAAUAUGGGCCAAGGCUGGUACAGGUGAACUUAUCCACUGAGGUGAUGGAAGGCAGCACAGUGCUCCUGUACUGCCUAGUGGACAGCAACCCCCCAUCGACCAUCACCUGGAUCAAAGAAGGCCUUGAUCUGCAAGAGGAGAUCUCCCUGAACUCCUCCCUGGUCAUGGAGGACAUUCAAGCUGAUGGGGAGGGUGUCUACACCUGUAUGGCUGACAAUGGUUAUGGCUCGAUGAACAGAUCCCUCUACCUCGCUGUCAAGUAUCCUCCACGAGAGCCAUUAGUGAACUCCUCCUUAACAGUGCAGGAGGGCUCCAGUCUCUCUCUCCACUGCAGCACCGUGGGAAAUCCUGUGCCCACCCUCACCUGGAUCAAAGACGGCAACCUGGUGGGCACCAUCAUCGCGGACAGCUACUCGGUGCUGGAGAUCUCGGACAUCACGUACGAGGGGGACGGGGAAUACCGCUGUCUGGCAGAGAACGAGUACGGCCGAGCCAGUGGAGUCAUCAACAUCACUGUGGAGUUUGCUCCAGUGUUUCUCAUGGAAUCGAAGUGCACCAUGGUCAGAGAGGGCAUCCAGUGCGUCUGCGUGGCCUCUGGAAACCCUGAGCCAAACAUCGAGUUCCACCUUCCCAACCUCAACCUCACCAUCAACGAAACCGAGAGCAAGUUCAACUAUUACGCUCACGUCGAUGGCUAUGUGACCACCAGCAUGAUCAAGCUGAAAGAGCUGCCGGCCUCCGGGCUCAACGUGCUGUGCAGCAUGAGCAACCUGUAUGGUACUGAGACAGUCAGACUGGAACUGCAGCAAGAAAAGAAGUACAUUUUGGCAGUGAUCAUUGGCACAAUUGGAGGAGUGGCAGUAAUUGGAUUAAUCAUCGCUGCAGUCCGAUACAUAAGCCGGAACAACCAGAAGGAGAAUGCCAACCCUAGUCAGGACCUUAGCAUGAAACUAGAGAGCCCAGCCUUGGUCUACGGCGAUGUGAAAAAGGAAAAGCAGAGUCUAAGGAAAAAGGUGCUUAAGACAGAACUUUUGGGCACAAAGUUUAACUCAAUCCUAGAAGAGCCUUCAACGGAUGAGGACAGCGAUUAUCAAAACAUCAGGUCUGUCCCGGAUGGAGAGAAACAAGACGUCCAGUACGCAUCAUUAGAAUUCUCCAGAUGCCAGCCCAAAGAUGUCUCAACGCAUAUGGACGACACCAGCGAAUACACAGAGAUCAAGUCCAAAUGAAACUCCGUUUCCCAAAUAACAACACAACCGAUUCUCUUCCCCACUAUUCAUCUCAGUUUCACUGUGUCUGAUACCUGUACUGGCUAGGUGCUUGGGAUAGCUGAUAGAAAACCAUUUUCAGCCUAAAGAGUGGUCAGAAUAUCUUCCUCUUGUUAGUGCGCAAACAAAACUAGUGCUGCUCCACAUGAAUUUAACUACUCUAAUUUGGUACAGCUGAUUCCUAAGGAGGAACUGAAACCUAAGUAGUGUUUUGGGAUGAUUUCUAGAAGCAUGAAUUACUUACUAGUAUUAUUAAGAAUGGAAGAUUACAUUCAAUCUUGGUACGCACAGCAGUCCUGUUUGUCAGUAUUCUUUAUGCACAUGCGAGUUUUGAAAUUAUUAAGGCAUAUCAAGUUAAUUAUAUUAAAAGCUUGGAGUUCUGUAGACUUUUUGCUUUCACUGUAUAAAUUAGGAGCAAAGGUAAGGGCUCCUGACAUUUCCUUGACCUGCAUAAGACAUUGCUUAUUGUUCCUUCCCUGUAUUUUGCUGUAUAGAUCAAAUAUAUCUUUUAUGCCACAGGUGCUCAUGUAAAUGAGGGAACAUGUGAAUACAAGCAGAAACCCUUUCUUGGCCAAUCAGACCCACUAUCAGAUAAAAAGUACUUAUUUUUGCUAUGAAAUUUAAUAAAGAAAUGUCCUCUUAAUUUCACACAUAUAUAACCAUCCCAUCGAGCUGCAAAUAUUCAAACUAGGAUUUAUAUUGUCAGAUGAAUCUGAUCAUUCUCUGAACUGAGAAUGAUUUUCCGAUCUUCAGUAUAUUUAAGGGGGUUAGCGACACCACUAACACAGAUUGAUUUGAAAACACCAGGUCUACAUCUACUGUACAUCCCUCUGUCAUUAGAGCCUGUCAUGCACACUUUCUGUAAACCUGGGAGUUUCUAAUGCUGCAAUGCUUUAGAACGCAACUACCCUAAUUAUUAAAGUCCUUAUAAAAUAAUUGUUCAGAUAUUCAAUAGCAACUGGGGCAUUGGUUGAGAUUAAAGUGAAAGAGAGUAAGUUCAGGUUUCCUAUAAUCAAUAGUAAUCUUUGAGCUGCAAAACAAUAUUUCUGAAUAUUUCAUAUGGAAUAAUAACGGCACAGUACAGAUUUGUAGCAGAAUUAAAUUAAAUCCAACUUAAAUCAAUUCCACCAUACAAUUCUUAGUGCAAUAUUUCCUUUGUGUCACGGAGGUAUUGAUGUCUGUCCUUCAUUAAUUGUAAUAAUUCUUUUUUUAUUUAAGUAUGUUUAGCUUGAUCUAGCUUAAGAUGAAACUGGAAUUCUGGAAUAUCAGGAAAGAUGCAAAUUCCAUUUAGCCUCAAACCUUUCCCCAUUACUCCUUAUUGGAUUUUUUUUUUUGGUUAGAAAUGAUCCCCGAAUCAGCAUUUUCAGGUGACAUCACUAUAGGCAUAGGCUACACAGACAUUUCAAACCCAACACAACACACAGUUUAUGUAAAUAUCUUGCACGGUAUCUUAAAUGUUAGCACUAGAUGUCUUAAGUCCUAACCUCAGUGCAUUAAUCAGCUGUUUUCUUCUCUUCUUCAAAUGAUUCAAACUGACAAAAUAAAUAAUGAAUAACAUUUUUA